UCUCCACCUGUUGGGGAGACAGACAGAAACAAACGGGGCAGCAACAAAACCAGGGCCAGAUCCCCAGCCUUGACCCCUGCCCGCCCGCAAAAUAGAUGUUAUAGUUAGUGUAAAAGUUAAUUGGUUCCACCAGAGCCAACUAUGGGUAUUAAACAUGCAGACACAUGCUAGCCUCAUCCAUUCUCAUCUGCAUGAGCUGGCUUUGUUGUUUCUUUAUUUUUCUGUAUGUAUAUGAGAUAUCUCCUAGUCAGUAAAUACAUCACAAAUGAUCUGUUUUUAGACACAUAACUAAAUGCACACAAAAUAAAUGCGUGGGGUGCAGAUGAGGCAUGCCAACUGAACACCUCAACGCCACCUCCCCUUCACCUCUCUACCCAUCCAAACCCUCUACUGUCACAAAUGGAAUCUAUCAAAGCAUUAUGUAAGGAAUAAACCACGACGGGCUGUCCCGUUAUUGGAAAAUAAUGUACGACGGGGGUGGUGAUGUGGCCGAGGCGAAGCCGAGGUUUCUUAACCAUCCACGGAGUAGGCCUACAUUAUUUUUCAAUAACGGGACAGUCCGGAGGGGUUUAUUCCACUUAUAUAACGGGUUACCAACAAUGAUCAUACAAUAUAUGGUUACUUUUAUAUUUAUGGAUUUUUAUCGACUUAAUCAGCUGAAAGUGAAAUAUUCUUCCACAGCCGUUUGGGCAUAUUAUUUUACCGUUGUCAAGCAAAACUCUUGACAAUGGUAAAACACAAUGAUAAUUCUAUUUGGACCAUUGUUAUUCAAAAACUCUGGUUGUUAAUUCUAUGAAAACAAUGAUUCCUUCUCGUUUUAUACCAUACAAUUAGCACCAGCUGUGCUCAUUUUUGUUAUUACAUUAUUUAAGAAAACUGCAUGAAACCAUAACUCAAUCAAAUGAAUGUCCCUAGCACUGUCUUGCUUUUUAAAUUAGUGCGGUCGGGCAGUGUAGACAUAGUGUUUUUCUAAGACCCUCUGAAACCAGGUUUGAAUGUGAGCUAGCUUUAUGAUAGGUUCGCCUUCACUUGUCACCUAGCCAAUAUUAAAAUUUUGGGUUUUAGGUCAGAAUGGUCUCAUGGCAUGCUUGCUAUCCCGGCUAAUUUGCUAACUAACCAUUGAAUUGUAUUCAAAACAGCGGUUACUACAAACGCAGUUGUUCACAAAGAUACGGACGAAAAUGCGUCCCGUAGCCACGAGUUAAAUACGGAGCCUAGUCUACUGUCCAAAUAAGGGACAAUUCCGUAUUUUGCGGGAUGGUUGGCAACCCUAAAUAAAGCUAGCGACAGUAACUUGCUAUCAAUUGUGAAAUUAGACAUUGAAAAGGGGAGGGGAUGUAACAACCAUUCAAAAUUGAAAGAAUUAGGUUGCUGUUUUAACUGCUUUAGAAUGCUGGAUUUUAGCACAUUGAUUUUAAAACUGAUAAAAGGCCAAGAUGUCCCUUUGCUGAGAAAUAAUGCCCACCCUUGGACCAAUCAGAAUUGAGUAUUCAGCCAAGCCAUUGUAUAACUAAGAAUGACAGAGAGAAAAACAGAAAGAUAAGAUACAGUUGAGGCCAAAAGUUCACAUACACCUAGGCUAAAGAUAUUUAAACUCAGUUUUUCACAACUCCGCACGUUUCAUGUUACCAUACAUUUCUUUUGGCAAGUCAAUUAGAGCAUAUGCUUCACAUUAAAGGUCAUUUUAAAACAAUGGAUUGGAGACAGCCUUGGAUUGGAGACAGAUUUAUUUCAGCUUUAAUUCGCUAUAUCAGAAUUCCAGUGGGUCAAAAGUUUUUUUUUUUUUUGUUUUUUUUCCCUUGAUUAUGUUUUUUAAAUUUUUUUAUUUAUUGUGCUACCAAACAAGUGGAGACGAGUACAGGGUACAGGGACACCUAAACAAAUGAAAGGGAUUGUACAAAGUAAGACAAAGAAAAACAACAAAGACAAAAGGGGCAAAAGCAAACUGAGGAAUAAAAUAUGGGUUCAAACUAGUGGUAUGUAGUAAGAGUGAAGAAUCGAGAAGGAGAGAAAAAAUAAAAUAAAAUAAUAAUAAUAAAAGUCAAGAAAAAAAUUAAAUUAAAAUAAAUAAAUAAAUAAAAACAAUAAUAAACAAAACUAUUUUAAGCAGUUUGGUAUGAAUGUGGUUAGUAUCGGGGUUGUGAAGGAUGACUGUGUCUGUGUGUGUGGGUAUGUGUGUGUGUUUAUGUGUGUCUAUGGAUUGAGUGUGGGGGAAAGAAGGAUAGAAAAAAAAGGAAUGAGUGGGUGAAUGAGUAAGUAAGUAUAGUGAGUGUUUUCAAACUAUGGGUGGUAGACAGGCAAGAAAAACAACAAGUUAGAGGAAUCAGGUUUGCAAGAAAUCCAUGAGGGAUGACCAGAUUAGGUGGGGUUCUAUUGCGGUGUUAUUGAUGGAAGUGGAUAACUUUUCCAUGGAGAUGUAAUCUAUGAGUAAGUUUUUCCAGUGUGCCAUAUUUAUGGUGCUCCUCGAUUUCCAGUUCAUGAGGAUAGUUUUCUUGGCGAUAGUUAGGGCCACGAGGAGUAAUCUAAUGUUUGUUUUGUUCAAAUUGAUUGUUGAAAUAUCUCCUAACAAGCAGAGUGAGGGUGGAUACUGUGAUGUGGCAGCCCAGGAAGCAGGAUAGUGACUCAGUGAUUUCUUUCCAGAAGUGUUUAAUGGGUGUGCAGUGCCAGGUGGUGCAGUGCAUAGCUAUCCGGGUUGUUUUGCGUGCAGUGUGAACAAAUUUCUGAUGCGUAUCCCAUUUUAAACAUUUUUUGCCCAGUGAAGUGAAAUCUGUGGAGUAUCUUGAACUGUAUAAGUUGUAGGUUGGCAUUUUUGGUCAUGAAGUAGAUGUUUUUGCAAAUUUGGUUCCAGAAGCCGGGAUCAGAGGUCAUCGCCACCAUGUCCUGUCUAGGGAUGUGGAUCCCAAGGGCCACCAUGUUCACUGAUAUGACCUCAGGAUCGUACUUUGCAAUCGUGGUGUAUAAGUUUCUAAUCAUGAUGGUGGAGGAGUGUGGGGGAGAUGAAGAGUUUCUGAAGCGCUGUGGGAAGAACACUCUCCGGAUCAGCACCGGGCCCUGCUGCUGCUGCUGUCCCUGCCUACCACGUGUGGCCAUCACACGACGGACCCUCUUCCUGUUGAAGCUGGGCUCCUUCCAGUUUGCUCUGCUUAAGACGGUUCUCAGCAUCCUGUCCAUUAUUCUGUGGACCAAUGGAAACUUUGAUGUAGCUGAUAUGGCAAUUACUGGAGCGGCUAUUUGGAUUAACCCUUUUAUAGGGAUCCUGACCAUCAUCGCUCUCUGGCCUGUGGCCAUCAUGUUUAUGCACCUGCGCCUCACUCUCCGAAGCCUGAGAAUCAUCCCCAAAUACGCCAUGUACCAGCUGGUCCUUGUCUUGAGUCAGCUGCAGUCAGCCAUUAUCAACAUACUGGCGAUGAACGGCACUAUUGCUUGUGCCCCACCCUACUCUUCUCAGGCUCGUGGAUACUUGAUGAACCAGCAGUUGCUGAUCCUGGAGAUGUUUAUCAUCACGCUGGUGAACCGAUUACUAUACCGUCGCCACUAUGACCCCCUGCCUCUUGUCGACCCACACGAAAAUGACAACGACCAGAACGCCAAGACUAUCCUGCAGUCUGAGUCUGGGGAUAAUGUACUGUGAAACUAUACUGUGCUUUAAUGUACUGUGUGUGUGUCUGUGUGUGUGUGUGUGCGCGCCAUUCCUUUGUCCCAGAACUGUUAAAAUGACUGAUGAAAACUUGGCUGGUUUUCAAAUACCUGCUGUUGUAUUCAUUAAAUGAUGGAACCAAGA